AUGAGGUCAUUGGCAAGCUCAGUUGAUUAUGGCGUAAGUGGCAAAGCUCAUGUACAUGUUGCCACCACUUCUGUGAUUGACGUCACCACUAGGCACGGCCACCUUACCACUACUCCUGCUUCGGCCGUGAUAGCGAUCUCAAGCACUCUAACACCUCUUGCACCUAUGCCACCUCUAGGUAACUUUGGCAGGGCUUUCCAUUCUCAUGAUACACGCAAUACAGGUUGGAUUAUUGAUUCUGGAGCUACUGACCAUAUGACGUAUAAUUCUGCUUUUCUCUACUACUCUUCCGCCUAA